ACCUUCUCAUCCUCUCUUCUUCAAGCCUCCUCCUCCUCCUCCUCUUACCAAUGAACCUUCUCAGAAAUUAGAAUUAACAAAUUCGUGAGUUCACUCAGAUAGAUAGAUCUUUACGAAGAUGGUGUCAGUGGAGGAUCCGAUAUCUCAUUUGAAUUCUACUCGCUUCCCGUUAUCAACCGACUUCUACGGUUCUUCUUCGCCGUCGGCGGCGAGGUUACAUCGACAAGCUGGCCGUUCGAUGAGGACAGUGAGAUCUAAUUUCUACCAAAGCGGUGAUCAAUCUUGCUCUUUCGUCGGCUCAAUCGGCGAUAAAUCUGAGUACGCCUCGGAGUUCCUUUCCGAUUCCGUCAUCGACAUGAGGCUCGGCGAGCUCGCUUUGAAAAACAGUAAUUCUCUUAAUUCAAGCGCUUCCUCGGUGAAAGAGGAAGCGUUUCUCGACAUUUCUCAGGCGUUCAGUGAUUUCUCCGCUUGUAGUAGCGAUAUCUCCGGCGAGCUACAGCGUCUCGCUUGCUUGCCGUCGCCGGACGCUGCUGAGAGGAAUGAGAACGGCGGAGAUAACGAAGCGGAGCAGGAUCCGGAGCCGUGUUUAGGGUUUCUACAGAGGGAGAACUUCUCUACGGAGAUUAUUGAGUGUAUUUCGCCGGAAGAUCUGCAGCCAACUGUGAAACUCUGCAUCGACGGACUUCGUUCUUCUUCGGUGGCGAUUAAGCGAUCUGCUGCGGCGAAGCUGCGGCUCCUGGCGAAGAAUCGAGCGGACAAUCGUGUGUUGAUUGGGGAAUCUGGAGCUAUUCAAGCUUUGAUUCCGCUUCUUCGUUGUAACGAUCCAUGGACACAGGAGCAUGCAGUCACAGCUCUCUUGAACCUCUCUUUACACGACCAGAAUAAAACUGUAAUCGCCGCAGGAGGAGCGAUUAAGUCACUAGUGUGGGUACUCAAAACCGGGACGGAGACUUCAAAGCAGAACGCAGCAUGUGCGUUGCUUAGUUUGGCACUAUUGGAGGAGAACAAAGGCUCAAUCGGAGCAUGCGGUGCGAUUCCGCCGCUUGUUUCUCUUCUGUUGAACGGAUCUUGCAGGGGGAAGAAGGAUGCUCUGACGACGCUUUACAAGCUGUGUACACUUCAGCAAAACAAGGAGAGAGCGGUUACCGCUGGAGCGGUGAAGCCGUUGGUGGACCUUGUGGCGGAGGAAGGAACUGGAAUGGCGGAGAAGGCAAUGGUGGUUUUGAGUAGCCUUGCAGCGAUAGAUGAAGGGAAAGAGGCUAUUGUAGAGGAAGGAGGCAUCGAAGCGCUUGUUGAGGCCAUCGAGGAUGGAUCUGUUAAAGGGAAAGAAUUUGCGAUCUUGACUCUGUUGCAGCUUUGUUCUGAUAGCGUUAGAAACCGUGGGUUGCUUGUGAGGGAAGGUGCGAUUCCUCCACUUGUGGGUCUCUCUCAGAGCGGCUCCGUCAGUGUUAGAGCUAAGCGGAGGGCAGAAAGACUUCUGGGGUAUCUUCGGGAGCCAAGGAAUGAGGGAUGUUCAACAAGCCCUUGAAAUGAAACCAUGUGGACGUUUCAUCAGUCUAGUAAUGUAUAUACUGAGUUGUAUGUUUGGUGGUUUUGUAUAGCUGUCUUUUAUGUAGACUGUAAAGAGAGAUCAAAUGAUUAGCAGAAACUUGACUGACUUUUUGAUCUCUCAUGUAUUGAUGGUUAAGCUAGUUUUUGAGGGGGUUUCAAGGGAGUGCUUAUUUGGAUUACAAGUUUAGCAUUUUCAGGUUUUGGCUUCUGGUUUGUGAGGUGUGGGGAGUAUGCCUGAUUUUUAAGGCAAAGAAAAGGCUUGUUCAAGAACUAAGCAAUUUUUAAUCGAUAUUUCUUGAUCAAUUGCUUUA